GAUUUAGAUGGAGUGGGAUUGAUUCCAUUUUUGGUGGAAGUCGCGGUGUAUUGAUUAUUCCAUGAAAAAUUCACGCGGUUGGAUCAAAUCAUUUUCUGAAUUUGUUCUCUGGAUUGAGGUGAGUUGGACGAAUUGGCGCAUGGCACGGCAAGGGAAUUGAAUAUUACAUUCCAUUUGGUGAUUCCGAAGACACAGAUUGAAGUUGUGAAUUAGGGUUGUUUGAAAGUGGAUACAAACGCGAACACUCCUACAACCAUUUCUAAAAAUGGGCCUCGUUUAUCUGGGCCGAUGGGCUCUGAAUUUAUCUGCUCCCCUUUUCCAGUGUGUCAAACGGUGCGUUUCAUUUUCAUGCAACAUUCUCGCUUUUUGAUUUUUGAUCUUUUGAAUUUGUUUGUGUGUGGAAUUGCUGACGACAUUCCUUCGCGAUGGAGGAGGGCGAAGAAACGAAACCGGAGAAGAAUGAUUAAUUAAUUGGCCUCUCCCUCUCUUUAUUAUGUUUCUUUCUUUUCUUUUCUUUUCUUUUCUUUUCUUCUCUUCUCUUCUCUUCAUUUCCGCCGCAAUUCUUUGCUUUGCUUAUAAUCCACAACAGAUUAGGACGUAUUGAUUCCUUGUUUUUGUUUUCGUUUCUUUCCUUCCUCCGUCCCACAUCCCAGUCGUGAAAUCACGCUUCGGAUCCUUAUCGGGAUCCACGAGUUUCAUUUCGUCCUAUUGCUUCUCCUCUUACGAUCCUUCAUUCCUGGAUUUCUCAAGCCCCUUUGUCUUUAUCUGGGGGAACUGCACUCCUCAAUGUGAUCAAAUAAGGGGGGAAUUUCUGAUUAACCCAACCUUAGAAACUGAGGAUGUUCACGGUUAUAAUGGUUUUCAUCUUUUACUAACAUCGUUUAAUAUUGUUCUAGUUUUCAGUAUCUGCUGUAGCAUGGGAUCCAGCUUGGAGCUGAGAAAGAGCUCAAGCCACCGCCAUAACUCAAAAUGUUCUGUUCGACUGCCUAGCGACUUGUAUUGUGUGCCAACGAAGGGGACCAAUAUUGCUCGGGAAACAUCGUACCGCCCAGGUAACAGAGUCGAAGACAGUCCAAUAGGAGAGGACGAAGUUGUUAGGCAUAUGUCAAACUUGCCUGCUUAUCUCCUUCAUACACGCAGAGUAGAAAAUCUCCAAGACAAGGUUUUGAAUGUUGGGGUUCUCGAUUGGACACGGCUUCAGAAUUGGAAGCACCGCCAUAUUCGCUGUCCAACACAAGCUGAAGAUGUUGCUAGCUGUUCAAAUACUGCAAUCAAGGGGCGCAAAAAAAUACAAAGGAAUCGCACAUCAUCCUCAUUACAGGGAAAUGUUUCAAACCUGAUGCAACAAAAAGGAAGGAAAAAGCGUUCAGGUUGGACGAUGAGUUAUUCAGAAAUAUUUUCUCCACCCGGUAUUCUCCUCUCUUCUGAAUGUCCGUUGCCUUCUUUAGCUGACGUUAAUAAUCCCAUGGUGGGCAGAAUGCAACAUCCUCUGCUCUGUCAUACUACCGCACAACUUUCAUGUUUGAGACCUUAUGGAGGUAAACAAACAGAAAAAGGAGACUCGGACAUUAAGCUUACCGGUUGUCCAGGUAGUUCAGAUACAAACAAAUCUGGUCCUGUGAUGUCUGAAAAUACCGGUUGCCCACAUAGUUCAGAUAGAAAGAAAAUACCUUUUAAAAGGUUGAUGAAGCCAAUACUGAAUCAUAAAUCCUCAAUUCCUCAACAUCCUACUGAAGGAAACGUGAACUCAUUAAGCCGUUGCCCAACUGGUGUUGGCAGUGCCCACGACAAGAAGCAUGCUGAAUCACCAAUGCAGGGCCUUUUGCAGUUCACCAUAAUGAAUGGUUUUCCCUCGUUUAAAUUAUUGGUGGAUAACAAUAGAAAUGUGCUCGUAGCCACGGCUAAAGAUUUAACCCCGUGUGGGAAGAAUGGAGCAGCAGGGCAGAGUUGUUAUACAUUCUACCAAGUUAAUGAAAUAAAAAGUAAGACUAGUGGUUGGAAACGACCAGGGAAUAGGGAUAGAAGUUAUGGCUAUGCCUGCAACGUCAUUGGACAAAUGCAACUGAAUUCCCAUUAUGAAUACAGCAACGGUAAAUGUAUUAUGAUAACAGAAUCGAUUUUGUUUGGUGUUGAGACGAGACCAGAAGAUCCAGAAUCAGCAAUCAUAAUGAGAAAUAGAGAACUUGCAGCCAUUGUUUUAAAGGUUCCUACCCAAAACUCGAAACAUGAUGGGCAACAAAGUUGUAACGUUUUGAUAGAGAAUGGCAUGAAGUUUUUGUCAGAGGAUAAUGGUGUAGUAAUACUGCCGGGGGAUGUUCAUGGGUCACCAAGCAGCGGACAGCCUUCCACAUUGAUCAAUAGGUGGAGAUCUGACGGAGUUUGUGACUGUGGUGGUUGGGAUAUUGGUUGCAAACUGCGUGUGCUUUCCAUUCCGAACAAACUAAUUACAUCCAAGGCGUGUCCUAUUUCCAAGUGCCUCCAACUUUUUGUUCAGGGAGAUGAACAAGAUAAGCCCGUGUUCAGCAUGACACCCUUGAAGGGUGGGUUCUUUGAAGUUUGUUUCGAUUCCUCCAUCUCUAUGUUACAGGCGUUUUUCAUAUGUGUUACAAUUAUAAAUGGUCAGAAAGAGUGAUGAAGUAUCCCAAUACUAAUGGAAUUAAUACAGUCCGUGAAAAUUAGGUUUGUUUCCUUGUAUCUAAUCUUUUGCUUGGUUGACAAAUCCAAAUCAAGUCCAAACAUGUGACAUAUCCUUGAGGUCGUUAUGGGGUUGUCGCAACCAGAUAUCCCCCUCAUUCCCGGGUGGACGCAGCAGACACCAUCUCCUGGUGCCCAAAGAGUUUGCAUUCACUGGGGCGAGCAAUAAUACCUGUUUGGGCUGCAAACCCAAAGCAUUGCAGGCCACCGGGACGACACGACGGGUUCAAGCCCUCUCUUAUUCCCAAAUUAAGAAUUAAAAAGAUAUCGAACUUCGCGAUGUUGACCUUCAGAGUUUGGGUUUGAAGUAUUAUGGAAGCGGUGGUUACGCCCAUUCAAAAUGAAUCUUUA